AUGUCUGCCAUAAAUAUUGCAUUUAAACGAUUCUGGAAUAGUCAAACUGGUCCUAAAACGGUACAUUUCUGGGCUCCUACUUUAAAAUGGGGGCUAGUCAUUGCAGGUAUUUCCGAUAUGCAACGGCCUGUUAAUAAACUAUCUGCUACGCAGUCUUUAUCCCUAUUGGCUACGGGACUGGUUUGGGCUCGUUGGUCAUUUGUUAUUAUACCCAAAAAUUAUUUAUUAGCUUCAGUAAAUAUCUUUUUGGCAGGUACUGCAGGGUAUCAAGUAUCUAGAAUUGUUAACUAUAGACUAGAGAAUGGUGAUACAAUGAAACAAGUAUUGAAAUAUAUGAUCACAUCACAAGAAACGGUAAAAACAAAUACACCUAUUGCUGCACCACCAUCGACUGUAUCUAAUGAUAACUUACAAGCUCAUUAA